AUGGUCGCGAUAACAGCGCUGUCGUGGGUGCACGCUGGGGCAGCCGGCAUUCUGAAUGAUCAAAGGUCCGAUGUGUUCGAAAUCUGUCGAGGCCCGAUUCCGGAACCGCGAUUCUGGCGUGCUUCGGUGAAUCCUCGGAUCGCCAAAGUGAAGGCACGCCGCGGACCAGAGUUGACUGCCGAAAUCGCUUUCGAGUUCCCCAAGGGGACACUUGUGGGGCAGGUGAUGGGCACCAACUGUUCCAUGUUAGAGCCAGAGGGCGUGCUACGUCUUCAGGUUUUCGAGCCGAGGAAAGCUGGACCAGAGGACGCUGCGAGCCGGGAGACCGGAUGGGUGACCCUGAGUGCUGAAGCGAAGGGCGGCCCUCGCUUCUUUGAGUUCGUGGGGCUGGACGAGGCGGAUUCGCUGUCUGCCACAUCCGGCGCUGAGCGCUGCAAAGCGGAGGGUACCGACAAAGAUUCGGAACUGAAAUCACGCAGCGAGCGUGUAGCUCUUGCAGCCUGCGAGGAAGAGCCGCGAAGCCUGUGCAGAGCCCGCGGCCGGAUAGUCAACCUUGACCCAGAGAUGUUCGACGAAGUUUCGACAUCGGAUGAGCUUUGGAUCGUAGCUUCCUUCACUCCCUGGUGCCUACGCUGCCCGGACUACAUGGCAUACCUGGAAGCCAUGGCCCAGGAAUUACCCCACAACAGCCCUAUCCACUUCGGUGCAUUGAACUGCCACUUCAACCAGAAGUUCUGUGUGGACUUGGGCCUCAUUGGUCAUCCCAUGGUCGGCCUUGUCUAUGGAGGGGAAAGCUUGAAUGUGAGCUCAGCCCUCUCGGACUUCCUGCGGAAGCGGCCGGCAGCAGAAUGGCGACCAGAGCGAUGGAGUUUUGCUGUGGAGUUGUCUGCCCUUUUUGCCCUACUACCACACAGUUUCCGCCCCCCGGGGAGCCGCAGGCAACAGCCGGCGAUUGCCGGUGAGGCAUCUUUAUGUGUGGCGAGGCCAAGCGGCGACACUGGGAUCAUGGGCGUGGGCCGAGACCGACCCCAUAUGCCAUUAGGGCCAUCAGGGCCAUCAGUUGCAGCAGUGACGGCCGAUGCAAUGCAAGGCCUUGCAGAGACUCUGGAGAUUCCGGGGGUCGUUGUGACGUUACGUCAGCUCUCUGCGUUGCAUUCCUGGUUGUCUCUGUUUGAAGAUCGGCUGCCUCCUGAUUCUGGGGGCAUGAGCCUGAAGGACCAUGUUGCCCCGGAGCUCCACGGUCUGGUCAGGUAUCUAAGAGAUGCGUUGCACUCGGGAUCAGCAGCAGCGGCUAGCUUUGCCCUCUGCCGGAAAGAGUGGGAGAUAGCAGCAGAUCCCUUGAGAAAGCAGCUGCUUGCAGCCAGUGAUCUUCUCCGUCUCCAGGCCGGAGCCUCCCUAAGCGACUGUCAUGGUCCUGCUUGCCGCGCGUGGGCACUCCUUCACAGCCUCGCUGUUUGGAAGACAUCAGAAGUUUCAACCAACCACAUUUCCGUCGAGAGUACUCUGAAGGUUGUCGCAAACCUCUUCUCCAUGCCUUCAUCGGUACUUUCCCAGACGACGCAGGCUUGGAUGCCCUCGAAAAGCCCGGCGUCCUGGCUGGGUUAUGUUGACGAGUCGGAUGACAUUAAGGAUGCGCUGUCCUUGGCAAUUUGGAGAGUACAUGGUGCAGCAUCAGCACGCGCUGCUCUGGAGUGCAACGCCAGCACCGUUCCGGACUUGCGGUGGCCAACCGGCAAGGAUUGUCCUGAUUGUUGGAGUCGAUGUUUUCGUCGAGGUCGAUUCUGUUGGGGCCCAUGGGAAAAUGAGCGGCAGCUGGCAGCAGGCAAAGUGCCUGAGGGCUUCGCCGACGCUAGUCCAAAUCAUGCACAGGUUGCGGAGCUGCUGCGGACCAGGUACGGUGGACCAGAGCACAGGGAGCACGCGGAAAAAGCUGCCGUUUCUUUGCGGCCUUCUCUUUUACUCGUUUUCGAGCCCCGCUCGCGCAAUGCCGUGUCUCGCAGACUCCGAGGAAUUUCCGGCGACUGGCCAAGGCAAGGAUGGAUCUUCUACGGACCUGACGACAACACUCGCGUGAGUCCAGGAGCCCGAAGAAGUCAAGUCAACUUGGAGGAUCCACCAGGCAGCCAGGAGAGUGGCAGCGGCCAAGAGCGGGUCUUCCACGCGGCGAAUCUGGAUGCCGUCAACGCCGCCCAUCCUCACAUGGAUGAUCCGAGGUUCAUCUCGCUGACCAACCAGUCCAACAACUGCAUUCUGCGCUUCACUGUCUUUGCGCGCUGUGCUCGUGAGCUGGGGGAAGAGGACACGAGGUGCAAGUAUCAGUACUACCGAGCCCAGUGUGCUUGCCCUGAGUCCCAGCUGGAGGACUGGAUGGAGCAUCGUGCACGUGGCUCCUGCCACCUGGACGUUCUGCCUGAUCGAGGGGAGAAGAUCUUCACAUCAAUCAUCGAUGAAUAUCGUUAUUCAGACACUGGGAUUUUCGUCAUUUGCAGGACAAUGGAUUCGCUUAGCGAUGAGAAGAAGUGUGCGAUCAAAGUCUGUGGUGGGGGUUGCUGCCUGGGCUGGCUAAUCUUCUUCAUUGUCCUGGGGACCAGCGUAAAGUACGUGAACGACAGGCAGCAAGUGGUGUACAUCAGCAACACCGGGCGCACGACAGAGCAGGGUCCUUUCACGAAGAUCAUCUGGCCUACGACUAGGCACGAGAUCCGCGAUGCGAUUAUGGUGACCGCUCGUCAAUAUGCAGUCCUGAAGCACGAGAGGACGCAGCUCUUGCGACAUGAGCCUGGGCCAGGGCAGGUGUUCAUGGAUGCCUGGGAGAGCCUAGUUGAGGUCAAGGAGAAGAUUGUGCUGCAGAAGAUGGAGUAUGUCCGACUCAUUGACAGGCUCACAGGUCUCGAGCGUGUGGAGGGCGGCCCACAAAUCUUGGUGCCAGAGCCAAGAGAGGAGUGGCCUUCUGGUGUGGAGACAAGCAUUGUGAUCGGCCAGACCAAUGCUGUUCUUGUUGAGAACAAGACUUCUGGCAUGAAGAGGUUGGUGACGGCAAAGGGCAUGUUCGUCCCUGAACCUUAUGACAGAAUCCAGUCGGAAAAGAACGCGGUAUUGCUUGAGCCUCUGAUGUAUGCCGUGGUAAAAGACCACUUGACAGGUCAGACACGCAAUGAACUUGGUCCCCAGCUUCUUCAAGUUGGACCCUACGAAGAGAUGCUCAACGUUUCUCAGAAGUGGGUGCUGGAGAAGGACUCCUACCUUCGCCUGGUGAACGGCCAGACCGGUGAAGAGCGCGUGGAGCGUGGACCCGCUGUUGUGGUGCCAAUGCCUGUUGAGACUGCGCCCGAGGGUAAGCAAAAGGCUGUGUAUGUAGACAGCCAGACAGCGGUGAAGGUGCUCAACAGGCAGAGUGGCCAACAGCGACUCGACACGACGCAGGGUGUUUUCAUCCCACUUCCCUACGAGCGCAUCCUGGAGACGCAACGCAAGAUCUUGGUGCUGCCUCACCAGGCCUGCGUGACGCGCGACAUUUACGGUGCAGUGACAUUGAAGACCGGAGCCGGUGGUGCGACUGCCUUCUUUUUGCCACCCUAUACCUCGUUGAUGCAGUUCAGCUGGUCUUCCUACUCCUCUCCGGUGCUGGAGGACCCGGUGCCCAAGGUUAGCAUCACUAUGAUCGAUCUGCGUGCGCAGAAGAUGUUCUUUCAGAAUGAGGUCCGAACAAGCGACAAUGUGAAGCUGAAGCUGGAGGGGACUAUCUUCUGGCAGGUGAGGGAUGUCAUGAGGAUGGUGUCCAUGACUUCGGAUGCUCCUGGCGACAUCUCUCAGCGGGCACGAUCUGGAAUGAUCCAAGAAGUUGGCAGGCUUACACUGGCCGAGUUCAUGAACGGCUUCAACAACUUGACUCAGGCCACGUACGACCGUCAGGUUGCCGACGUCUUCUAUUCAGACCGUGGAGUUGAAGUACAGAGCUUGGAGAUCACGCGCUUUGAUUCGGUGGAUAACGCCACAGCGGCGGUCCUGCAAGAGAUCAUCAAGGAGACUACCCUUCGCAUCAACGAACUCCAGAAGCAGGAGAGCCAGAACGCAGUGAACGCUGCGAAACUGGCCGCCGACAUCCGACUUGAACAACAGCGCACGGCAUUGAUUCAGACGCAGGCUGACAACACGAAGCUUGCCAGGCAGUUUCAGGGACAGUCCGCAGGCGCCAAGUUGGUGCAAAGUGCCAUGGCGUUCAUCGCGGGGUUGAACGAGUCCGUGCCAAAUGUCACCGAACGUGUUGAACUUUACAAGCUGCACCAAACCUUGACCGCCCGAAACAGCGACACUGCCAGUCUGUCGCAGGGCAAGGCCCAGAUCUUCAUGACGCCAGAUGAUUUCAAUCUCAAUCUGGGCGCAACGCAUUUGGUCCAAGACACCACGCACGGCAAACCCUGGAAUGCUCAGCUAAGUCUGAUUCCGGGUGACCGCCGUAACUCCUGGCUGCAAGACCGGGCCUCCGUGUAUGUCAGCUUCAUGUCAAGUGCAGGCAAGGCACUGGUAGACGAGAGUCACCGUGCUACCCAGUAA